AAAAACAAAAAACAGGAUUUUGCACACUUUAUAAACUUUUGCGUUUAUUGAUUUUAUUUUGAACAACACCAUGGGCGAUGAACUCGGGAGUGAGUCACCGAACGAAGAACUGAGGAUCUGCACUCCAUCUCACCCCCUGCCUUUGGAAAUCCAGCAGAUGGAGCAGGAGGAGACGACCUGCCGUUACUGCGGAGUGAGCUACCUGAUCCUGCACGAGUUCCAGCGGCUGCAGGAGCGUCUGAGGGAGACGGAGAGAGAGCUGGAGAGAGAGCGAGGGAGCAGAGAGGAGCUGCAGAGAUCACGGGGUCAGCUGGACCAGCUGAGGGCGGCCAAUCAGAUUUAUACUGACAGGUUUAUUCUGACUACAUAAAACGUGAUGUGAAAGAAAAGAGAGAUGAAAAGGACACGUGAAGGGCCUGUUCCUGGAAAGAGGGAGCGAGAGGAGGAAGGACAUACAGAAACAGAGACAUUUAUAGAGAAGGUGGAGAAGAAGAAGUGGAAAGACAGACAGUAAGCGGAAGAGAUGGAAAUAGAUGCGGAUAUGGACAUGAGGCUGGAAAAGGACAGAGACGAAAGGAGAGACGGAGAUGUUGGACAGAGACAGAACGAGAUUCAGAGAGAGAUAGAGGGAGACGGAGAUGGGGAGGCAGAAAAGGAAGGGUGGAGAGACAGGAAGACAAAGAGAGACAGAGAGAGAGAAAUAAACAGACUUCCAUCCAGUUGAGUUGUCUUCCGUGGUUCUUCCAGGACUCGUGCUGUUGCUGAGCUCGUCGAUUCAUUUUUUCUUAUCGACAAACCGUUUUGACCUGGCUCGCUGUUUUUCCGUCUUAAAGCGAACGUUUGUUUUGUAAAAUAUUACUGAUUUCCAACACUUUAUUCAUAUUUCUGCGUAAAAAAAACAACUCGAAACAUUUAGAAAACACAUGUAAAUAAAGUAAAAUAUGAAAUAAAUAGACAUUAAACC